AUGCGCUACUCAGUGGCUUUCCUUGCGGCGGCCGCUGCCGUUGCGGCCCAUCCUGUCCAGCAGGGAUAUGCGCAGGGCAUGAUUGCCCGCGACCCCGAAGCGGGAGAUGACAUGGCCAAUGCUGCCCUCAUGGCCCGACACGACAAUUGCCCUAUCCCUGAGAAGAGCGAGUUCGUCGCCCCUGAAACCCGCGAUCGUCAUAAAGACGGAGAGGGGAACCCCAUCCGAUUCGCGACAAAGGAGGAGAAGGCCGCCCUCAAGCAGGAAAAGAAGGACGCGAGCCAGCCGAGGCAGAGCCUCCAAAGCGUCAAGAAGAAGCUCGACGACUUGACCGUCAAUGAUGAGGAAAAGGAAGAAAAUGAGAGGAAGACGAAGACGUCCGAGGACGAGGCUCAGAUGAUAGAAAAGGAGAAGAACAAACUCAAGGAGAAGCUCCAGGCCGAGGCCGAGGCCGAGGCCAAGGAGAAGGAGGACAUUGCCAAGGAUCAGGAGCGGAAGGCUGUGAAGGCCAAGGACAAGGCUCGGAAUGCCAGGGAGAAGCACGACAAGGCCAAGGCCAAGAAGGGAAAGGGCAAGCCCAAGCCGCUCACCAAGGAAGAGAAAGAUGCAAUCUUGGAGAAGAGGGCCCCGGAACCCGGCAAGGAAAAGAAGAAGAGUAAGAAGGAGAAGGACGAGGCUCACGAGAAGAAGCUUGAAAAGGCUACCAAGGAAGUUAAGGAAGCUGCCAAGGAAGCUGCCAAGGACGCUGUCAAGGAUGAAGACGGCAAGCCUGAAAAGAAGUCGGACAAGAAGACUAUUAAGAAGUCCGAGGAGAAGAUUGAGGAGAAUAUAUAUGGUCACUCAAAGGACAAGAGGGCCCUCUCCAACGACAAGAAGAAGAAGAAGGGGAAGCAGGGGGCUGCCAAGGUGAAGGAGACUUCCAAGGAGAAGAAGGAGUCCUCCAAGGAGAAGGUAGACAAGGAGUCUUCCAAGGAGAAGGACGACAAGGACUCUGUCAAGGACAAGGAAGCCGAUGACAAGAAAGACAAGGCUGAGGAGAAGGAGACUUCCAAGGUGAAGGAGACCUCCAAGGAGUCUUCUGAGGUGAAGGAAGCCGAUUCCAAGAAAGACAAGAGGGAAUUGUCCUCCAAGAAGAACAAGAAGAAGAACAGGAGCAAGAACAAGAAGAAUAAGAAGGAUGAUGACAAGGACGACGACAAGGAUGAGGACGACAAGGACGACGACGACAAGGAGGAGGAAUCCGAUGCCAAGAAAGUCAAGAUCGAGGAGAAGGAGAAGGAGACCAAGAAGGAGAAGUCCAAAGAGACGAAGGACAAGUCCGAUGAGGAGGAUGAUGACUCUGAGUCAGAGGACGAUGACGAUGACGACCUUGACUUACCGAAGGUAAAAUGGCCCCCUCGCGACCUCAUCUACGCCCGUGAGAAUCAUCCUGACAUGGGACACAAGUUUGUUCGUGCCGACCCUCAGGAUCAGUUGUCACACGACACCAUGUUCAUCCGCGAGGAUCCUCCUGACAAGGGACGCAAAUUCAUCCGCGAAGACCCUCCUGACAAGGGCCGCAAGUUCAUUCGUGAAGAUCCCCCCGACAAGGGCCGCAAGUUCAUCCGCGAAGAUCCCCCCGACAAGGGCCGCAAGUUCAUCCGCGAAGAUCCCCCCGACAAGGGCCGCAAGUUCAUCCGCGAGGAUCCUCCUGACAAGGGCCGCAAGUUCAUUCGUGAGGAUCCCCCGGACAAGGGCCGCAAGUUCAUCCGCGAAGAUCCCCCCGACAAGGGCCGCAAGUUCAUUCGUGAAGACCCUCCUGAUAAGGGCCGCAAGUUCAUCCGCGAAGAUCCCCCUGACAAGGGCCGCAGGAAGACGAUCCUCUGGGGGUUGACCGUUGAUUCCAUCCCUGUCACAAAUCUGGCGCAGCAAGGCAAGAAGAAACGGAUGGACGCAUAA